CCUUAUGGGCUUUAUUUAUAUAUAGAACAUACCAGCAAUUGAAAUUUCGAGCGCUGUGUGCUUGUUUUUCACGUUUGCAUGUGUGUUAAUGUGUGUGUGCAUGUGCGAUCGAGAAGUUUCGGCAGCAGUUGAUAUAAGGCCAAACGGUAGAAAAGAAGCGAAAAACAGCCAAAAAUCUAUUUCAUUUAGAAGAAUUGUAUAAUCAUGACCACCGAAGACACCGCUACGGAAAGAGCUCCAGCUGCCGCUGGUGCUGAUGCUAUAAGUCAUAAAGAUAAAGGUAAUGAGGCUUUCAAAGCCGCCAAAUGGUCGGAAGCAGUGCAAGAAUACAGCGCUGCUAUUAAGCUAGGCGAUAAGCACAAGGAGCUGCCCGUGUUCUAUAAGAACCGUGCUGCUGCCUAUUUAAAGCUUGAGAAAUACACAGAGGCCGUCGACGAUUGCACAGAAUCGUUACGUCUGGCGCCUAAUGACCCCAAGGCGCUAUUCCGUCGUGCUCAGGCAUACGAGGCGCUAAACAAACCCGAAGAAGCCUAUAAGGAUGCCACGGCCCUUUUUAAAGCGGAUCCGGGCAAUAAAUCUGUGCAGCCUAUGCUGCAGAGAUUGCAUCUGAUUGUGCAAGAGAACGCCGCUCGUAAUGCCAAAACGUCAACGAAGGUGAAGCAAAUGAUGGAGCUUGCUUUUGAUAUUACCGCGCCCAUUGAGAAGCGACGCUCGGGCGCUAAUAACCUGGUGGUGCUGGCCAGAGAGCCCGCAGGAGCCGAAUUGCUGUACAAGGAGCAGUGUGUGCCAAAAAUAGCCACUCUAGCCAAGAUCGAAAAGGACGAGCAGAUCUACUUGAAUAUGGUACGUGUUGUGGCUGCGUUGUGCGACAACAGUGUGGAGCGCACCAAAGGCGUACUCACCGAACUGGGCAUACCUUGGUUUAUGCGCGUGCUCGACCAGAAGCAUGAGGAUUGCGCGAGCACUGCACAGUUUUGUCUACAGACCAUUAUCAAUGCACUGUCCGGCCUCAAGAACAAGCCCGAUGCGAAGCCGAACAAGGAAUUGUGCAAAAAGAAUAAUCGUGAGAUUGAUACGUUGCUCACGUGUCUGGUAUAUAGCAUCACGGAUCGCACCAUAUCGGGCAAGGCGCGUGAUGCAGUUAUUGAGCUGAUCACACGCAAUGUCCACUAUACUGCGUUGGAAUGGGCAGAGCGUUUGGUGGAGAUACGUGGGCUGUGCCGCCUGCUGGAGGUGUGCUCAGAGCUCCAGGACUACAAAUAUGAGAGUGCUAUGGACAUAACUUCCUCUACGAGCACUAUUGCGUCGGUGUGUCUAGCCCGCAUUUAUGAGAACAUGUACUACGAUGAGGCCAAACAGCGUUUUACAGAGCAAAUUGACGAGUUUGUUAAGGACAAGCUGCUCUCGCCUGACAUGGAGUCCAAGGUGCGCGUCACUGUGGCCAUCACAGCGCUUCUCAAUGGUCCGCUCGACGUGGGAAAUCAGAUUGUAGCCAGAGAGGGCAUUCUGCAAAUGAUUUUAGCCAUGGCGACUACAGAUGAUUUGCUGCAGCAGCGCGUGGCUUGCGAAUGUCUUAUAGCGGCUUCCUCGAAGAAGGACAAGGCCAAGGCCUUGUGCGAACAGGGCGUGGAUAUUCUGAAGCGUCUAUAUCACUCCAAGAAUGAUGGCAUACGUGUGCGCGCCCUGGUGGGUCUGUGCAAGUUGGGUAGCUAUGGUGGCCAGGAUGCGGCUAUAAGACCAUUUGGCGAUGGCGCCGCUUUGAAGCUGGCCGAGGCCUGUCGUCGAUUCCUGAUCAAGCCAGGCAAGGAUAAGGACAUACGCCGCUGGGCAGCUGAUGGCUUGGCCUAUCUUACGCUGGAUGCCGAAUGCAAAGAGAAACUUAUUGAGGAUCACGCGUCUAUACAUGCGCUCAUGGACUUAGCACGUGCCGGCGAUCAGUCGUGCCUAUACGGCGUGGUAACAACAUUUGUAAAUCUGUGCAAUGCGUACGAGAAACAGGAGAUGGUCCCCGAAAUGAUUGAGCUGGCCAAGUUUGCCAAACAUCAUAUACCGGAGGAGCACGAGCUGGACGAUGUGGAUUUCGUGAACAAGCGCAUCACUGUGCUGUGUAAUGAGGGCAUCACCACGGCGCUCUGUGCUCUGUCCAAGACGGAGAGCCGCAAUUCCCAGGAGCUUAUUGCGCGUGUGCUCAACGCCGUCUGUGGCUUGCAGGAGUUACGCGGCAAGGUAGUGCAAGACGGAGGUGUUAAGGCAUUGCUCCGAAUGGCCCUGGAGGGCACCGAAAAGGGCAAACGGCAUGCUAGCCAAGCGCUCGCGCGCAUUGGCAUCACCAUCAACCCGGAGGUGGCAUUUAGCGGUCAGCGCUCGCUGGACGUCAUACGACCAUUGCUGAAUCUACUGCUGCAGGAGUGUACGGCUCUGGAGAACUUUGAGGCACUGAUGGCCCUUACCAAUUUGGCCAGCAUGAACGAGAGCGUGCGCCAGCGCAUUAUCAAGGAGCAGGGCGUCUCCAAGAUUGAGUACUAUCUGAUGGAGGAUCACCUGUACCUCACGCGAGCCGCGGCUCAGUGUCUGUGCAAUCUGAUCAUGUCGGAGGAUGUGGUGAAAAUGUUUGAGGGCGAAAACGAUCGUGUCAAGUUUUUGGCACUGCUCUGCGAGGAUGAGGACGAGGAUACGGCCAAGGCUUGCGCUGGCGCUCUAGCGAUGCUCACCUCCGUGUCCACCAAGUGCUGUGCCAAAAUUCUGAACAUCUCCAGUUGGCUGAAUAUAUUGCACACACUCAUUGCCAAUCCGAGUCCAGACGUGCAGCAUCGCGGCGUUGUCGUCAUACUCAAUAUGAUCAAUGCGGGCCCUGAGAUCGCCAAGAAAUUAUUCGAGACGGACAUUAUGGAGCUGCUCAGUGGCCUAAGCCAGCUGCCGGGCGAGGAGCGGGCCAAGGCUCGUGAGGUGGCUACGCAAUGUUUGGCAGCUGCAGAGCGGCAACGCAUCAUCGAGCGAUCCGAAGAUGCUGAAAUACCAGACGUGUUUGCCGAGAGCGCAAAAAUCACCGAAAUCGUCGAUGAUGAUUAAAUUGUCCAAUUGCUUGAUUUAUAGUAGUUAGAUUUUUAUACCCUGCACUCUUUCAUCUAACACUUUGUCAUUUAAUUUAU